AUUUAUGCUAAGAACGUAAUUUUAUCUCAUUUAGUGGUUUUUUUAACAGAUGCCGCCCAAAUAAAGCGCGGGAAAAGUUGAGUUUUUUGAAACAUAAAAUCUGAGCGGUGUGGAGAUCGACGCAUCGCUGCCUUUGUUUUGGCGGAGCGGGGAUGCAGCAAUCCCGGAUCAGCGCCUUCUUCAAGCCCUCCGGCGAUCGAAGGCUCAAAGAUAAAGGAGAAGCGGAAUCGAAGGCGCGGAGGGAUUCCUCUAGGAUCCUCAAAAAGAAGAGGAGUUACGCGCAGUACCAUCUCGAAUUAGGGCAGUCGGACUUCCUCCUCCGCUCCUGCUCCGUCUGUGGGAUGAUGUACGCCUGCGGGGACGAGUCGGAUGAGAAGCUCCACAGGGAUUUCCACAAGAAAUACUAUGAAGGAAUCCAAUUUAAGGGCUUGCGCGACGAGAGAGUUGUCUCGGCGUCUAGCGGAGACAAUUGCCGCAUUCUAUUGGUGGUUGAUGGUGAUCCUCCAUCACACAGGCGCAAGGUUAAGGAGGUGCUUACAAUCAUGGAGAAGGAGCUUGGGUUUAGUGACGGUCAGCUUCUGAAUAAGCAAUGCAAAGUUUAUCUGUUUAUUUCGAGUUACAGGGUUGUUGGUUGCCUAGUUGCUGAAUCGAUAAGAAUGGGUCAUAGAGUUAUAGAAAAUUCUGCAUCACGCAAACAUACGGACCAUAAUAACACAUAUUCAGAUAAAAUGUGUCAAAAUUUAGAAAGAAAAGGUCCAAUUUUACAAUUUGGAGGGAUUAGUUUCAAGAGAGUGGUCAUCAAAAGAAGUGAUGGCAAGAACAAGGCGAGCAUUGAUGAGUGCGAGACUGGAGCUGUUCUUUGUGAGGAAGAAUCUGUUCCUGCUCUUUGUGGCUUUAGGGGCAUCUGGGUUGUACCAUCCCAAAGAAGGAAGCAGAUUGCCUCACGACUUCUGGAUGCUGCAAGGCAGAGUUUUUCCCCGAGUCGAAUAUUGGAACACUCACAGUGUGCUUUUUCCCCUCCAACCUCUUCUGGGAGAGCACUAGCAUCCAGAUAUUGUAGUGGCAGUGCUUACCUAAUCUAUAGGGAAGAAGAUGUGUGAGGGAGGAUUUGAAGGGCAGAUUCAGACAUCAACCAUGGAAUAAGUGAUUGGGUGGUUUGAGAAGCCAAGAGGGAGAAAGAGUGCUAGUUCAUCUUGUUCCGUUGCGGCUUUCUUCGUCUUCAUUAGCAAGUAACUUCAGCAUGAGAGUUUGAUUGUCAAUGUUCUCAAUCACUUGGCUCGAACCUUCACUAUUCAGUAGUGAAAAUUGUAGUUUUUUCAGCGUUCUUCAUCUUAUAUUUAUCUGUAUGUUCGGUUCAUCUGUGAUCAGCAAUGUUCAAUUUCUUCAGUGUUCCAUUAUUUACA